AAUAAUCUUCACUCACUCCCCACCAUAAAAAUAUCUCUCCAUCUACUGUUGAGUAACGGCUGACCCGUUGGUUGGGUUAUCAUUACGUAUGAGGACUAGCAUUAUAAAGGACAACUGAAGACGAUCCGAAGCCACAGGUAACAUCGCUCAGAUAGGAAGUAUUAUUGAAGAUUGUGAACAAAACUGAAGAUGUAUUACGGACUAGCAUUAUUACUGGUCCUGCUGCCUGUGAUUUACGGACAAGAUAUUUGUGCAGGAUGUAAAGGUGCACAUGUGUGCUUCGCUUCAGACGCGAGGGACUGCCGAAUGUACAAUAUAUGUCACAGUAAAAGGAAGCAGUCAAUGCGUUGUCCAUUCGGAACAUUUUUCGAUGAUAAUAAUAACAUAUGCAAUUACCCAUCAUACGUGAACUGUCAAAGUGAUCCAUGCAGUGUAAACUCUGCUGUGACGUCAUAUGCUGAUGGGCACGGAAAUUGCCGCCAUUACUGGAAGUGUAUUGAGGGAUUAUCGACAGCCUUCUGUUGUCCGUACGGGACCGGAUAUAACUCUGGCCUUCGUCAGUGCGUGCCAGACACAAACUGUAAUUCUACAUGUUCACUUUAUGCUCAAGCUGAUGGGCCACAAGAUACCGGAAGAGUCCAAAUUAUAUGUAGGAGCGAGAAAAGUACAUUACGUUGUCCUUCCGGCGAUGUGAUCCGUGUAAAGGAGGCUAUAUAUGGCGGGGCUGAUCCUAUUACGUGUAGGUUCGAGCAGGAUACGUCAUCUUGCAACAACGUGGACGCCACCAAGGUUGUGGGCCAGCUCUGCAACGGCAAACAAACGUGUGAAGUCCACAUCCCCAGUAUCAUGUCGGACCAUUGCCCACAGAUCGCCAAGCAGGUCGAGGCUCGCUAUGUGUGUGAAGCAGGGUGCAAGCUUCGACCAGUUGGAGUGAACAGGAUAUCGUUCUACAAUCUUGCCAGCAAGGGGACCAUAAUGACUUGUGGGCCUGGUACCCGCUUUGACCAGGCUUCGUGUGGCUGUAUUGGCACCGGCGAGGCACCUCAAUGUCGUCUUGAAGUACAGGUGCUUUUUGGAGAGGUCGGUCAGACGUUGGUUAAAAACAUGGCUGAUUCUGGUAUACACAUUGAUGGUCAUCAAGUUUUACAAGUGUCGGGAUACGGUCGAUUUCUAGGAAGCUCAUGGAUUCAGAUUCCGUUUUACAAUAACAACGACCGUAUGUCCCGGAUGUUUGGGUUCCAGUUACGAGUAUACCCCUUGCCAGCAGACCCCAAUAGUCCGACCAAACAAGUCCUUUUAUCGAACUGCCAGUCCGACCAAUUCAUCGAGGAUUCAGCUUCCCUUGAAGUAUAUUUAAAUACUGCCGAAAAGAAGAUCUAUUUCCGUGCCGUCAACUUUCUUGGUGUGGCUAGUGUCAUUUCUGUACCAUAUAUUGACGAGACCUGGAGUAAUGUACUGUUCUUAUUUAACGGACAAUCCAUGUUUGCCAAGCUGCAGUAUGUUCAGCAAGACACUAAAAACCUGAUGGAAUCUACGGAUAAGGCACCGUUCUCAGGUAAAAUCAAAACCGGGUUAAGUCCCUUGAAGAUCGGAGGCUGCAGGAAUAACAAUGGAGUGAAGGCUUACAUUGAUGAGAUCCAAAUGUCUUUCUGUAAGACCCGAUUUCCUGAUGCUUCCGCGGGAAAUUCAGCGGCUCAAAAUUCGCCACCAGCCACAACAGUUAAUCCAGUUGUUCCCUAAAGAAGAUACGCCUACACAUGUUUCAACUUUGUCUUUAUUUUUACCGUAGAUAUUUGUAAUAUAUAGUCGUGUUUCUGUGGGUUUUACUUUGUAUUUUCAUUUUAAUUUUAUGUAAGUGUCAUUGUAUGACAGCACAUCAGUUCAUGGAAAUUUUCAAUAAAUGUCGAAACGAAUCCAUAUCAAUAUCAAA